AUAAAGCCACGUGUGCCGAGCGCUCGCACACAUUUAAAUCGGAUUGUCAAGAAUAAUAAUAGCUCUCUAUUAGAAGCACAAGCAAGCGGCAUAAUAAGCAGCGCAAUGGCAGAGCAGGAGGCACAACACGCCCUAGCCGUAAGCAGGAUGCACCAGUUCGUAAAAAGCGCUGAGCGAAUAAGACAAAUUGCCCUCAAAUUUGGUUUGCCAAAAAGUGCCGCUUCCGAAAUUCAUACCCUGUUGGAUCUGCCUGACGACAUCUUAUUUAAAGUUUUGAAAGAUCUGAUGACGACCGAGUGCAUCAAGCUGACCAGGGAGGAAGCAGAAAUGAAUGUGCUGAUGGACCCAGCAUUGCGCCUUUAUCUUUCGCUUGGAAUAAAGGUCGUAGAUCUAACUGCGUACUUGUCCUUUUGUCCCAUCAGAUUGAAGUAUCAAUACUUAAAACAGGCCGUUCUUCGGAUUGUGAAAAUUUCUCCCAACAUUGAAGAGCUAUUGUCGCUAAGCAAAAUUCCAAAUUGUAACAGAAUUUACGAUACCGUCGUUGAUGAGGAGCUGUUGGAGGCGCUUGGCAAAUUGACUAAACUGAGAGUGCUCCAAAUAGACGAAUGGUGCUGCUUCGAAAUCAAAGACUUGUUUAAACUUUGCGACAAACUUCCCAAUCUGCAAUAUCUAAGAAUCACUUUACCUGACAGUUACGAUGAUUUCGUUUAUGAUGAAUAUGAAAUUCUUGACGAUCUGAAGAGGAGCCUAUCGAAACUGAGAGAGUUUGUUUUUUUCGCUAAAUACAACGGUUCUUUAAGAUACGCGUGCAUGAAGCAUCUGCCUAAUUUGAGAGUUAUUAAAGAAUUCGCGGAACUCUUCUGUUUUUCUGAUGACGACGAGUCUACAGAGCCAAAUACCAUCCGUCCAGGAACUUCUGAUCUGCGACAUUUAUUUGAAAAUUUAAAUUAUGAAAUAUCUGUGUUCAAGGAUAUGCAUUUGUUUUAUCCUAAUAUCAAUCACCUCGAGGUAUAUACGAUUUAUUUUAUAUAUUUUGCAUCCUACUUCAAGAGCUAUAACCAAAAGUUUUAUAGUUGAUUUUGUAUAUUUCGUUUAUUCGUUUUUUCCAGUUAUAUUGGUACACAGAUUUUGUAUGGGAGAACUACGCUUCUCGACUGGAAGAACAAGUUUGGCCCUAUCUGCUGCAUUUCCCCCAACUUGAGAGCCUCAAUUUGGCCGAUUUCCCAGUUCAUAUAACGCGCAGCUUCCUGGAAUCGUAUGGACUGAAUCUGCGUGCAUUGAGCAUCACGAAAGAUGAUGAUAAUGCAAGCGAUGCUUUUUUAACGUUUGACGAAAUUUUCACCGCAUGCCCGAAAUUAGAAAAGCUUGCAUUUGGCAGUGACAUCAAAGACCCGAAGCCCAUCAGCUUUUGCGCUAAUCUUAAAGUGCUUGAU